AGACUCAUACUAUGCCCGGUGGCUACUUGCUGAUUGCUGAUUGCUGAGAGUGCUCCCGACAAAAGGCCCCCGUCUGCAUCUUACUCUUCCCUCCAUCCUGCGCUCGACGCCCAAAGUCAUCGCAUCUCAAACACACGCACGCACCCACCCACCCACUCGAGCCACUAGCUACUUCUCCUCCAUCCCCCAGUGACCAGUCGCAACACCCACAGACGCCCCGACAAUGAAGAAAGUAGGCAAGUUCCGACAAUGGGCAGACGAGAAGCUAGGCACAGGCACAAAGACACAAGCAACAGAAGAUUUCCGUGACAUGCAAGCAGAGAUGCAUCGUCGCCAUCAAGGACUCGAACAAAUCCACUCUGCUGCACAAAUCUGGAUUCGUUCACUCUCAAAGAAGAAGGAAGGACCGGACAAGGAGAAGAAUAUACCCGUUGAGUUGCUUGGCUUGGCCGCACAUCAGCAUGGUGAGGAUUUCGGUCCCGAAAGCGCGUAUGGCGCCUUGUUGAAGCGCGUUGGAACGUGUCAGCAGCAAGUGGCAAGGGCGCAAGAUGUCUUUACUACAAGAACCACAGAGACCGUUAUUGAAAACAUGGAGCGCUCUUUGGCGCAAAUGAAAGAAUACCAAGCAGCCGUCAAGAAGCUCGAGUCGCGCCGUCUCACCUACGACAGCAGUCUUGGUAAAGUACAAAAAGCCAAGCGCGAGGAUAGCAAGUUGGAGGAAGAAUUACGCGCUGCAAAAGUCCGGUAUGAGGAAAUCUCGGAUGAUGUCGAACACAGGAUGCAUGCCAUUCGACAAGGCGAGGCAGAUCUUGUUCUUGAUUUCGGUGAACUCAUCACACUCGAGCGCACUUACUUUGAGAGUUGCGUUACUGCCGUGUCGCACCUACAAACCUGGUACAACAAGGAAAUUGCUCAAGUCAAUGACUCGGCACGCUCUGCAUCACAAAGGAAGAUGGAACCACAAACUGAACGCUCACCCUUGCGCUCAUUCUCUCGGCCGCAGUAUACCGCUACACGCAGCAAUACCAGCUUACAUACACCACCUGCCUCAACAACAGGCACAGAAGAGCCAGAUCCAUUCUUUCAGGAACCAGGUACAACUGCAGGAAUCGCGCCAGGGAUGCAAAUGCUCGGUGUGCGUGCCCUCGGUACGCGACGUCCCUCACAUCGUUCAGAUUCUGGAUCUUCUGAAGACGACGGACUCGCCACACGACCUAUACCUCGUCGUACUGCCACUGAACCGAAUCAACCAUCACUCCUCCACAACAACAAGACAGUCAAGGCGAAUUUCGCAUUUGAAGCAGAAGCAGCCACUGAAUUAUCUCUUCGACCAGGUGAUGUGAUUUGUGUCCUGGAAGAAGUGUCUGCUGGUUGGUGGCAAGGACAGCGUAUUGAUGAACGAUCCGGUGCUGUUUUGGGACAAGCUGGUUUAUUCCCUUCAAAUUACUGUACUGUACUGCCUGCUGCUGCUGCUGCUACCAAACGACAACAAGCGCCUAGACCACCCAUGUCGAGUACGCCCAGCUUGCACGAACAAGACAUUGAAGGACUGCAAGUCGCCUCUAGAUCUCAAACAUUUCCUAGGGUGAGCAUGCAGCAACAGCAACAGAUUGGACAGAGUCAGACGAUUGGCAUUCGAGAAGGUUCAGGGAAUAAACGACCGCCACCACCGCCUGUUCCCAAGAAGAAGACAACCGGUGUCAUGCCGCCUACACCGCAACGUUCGUGAAGUUUAGACUUUGCUAUGUUGACAAGUAUACACGGGAGAAGAAGGAUUCUAGCUGC